CGCAACCCCUUUCCAAAACCCCCACCCCACUACGCUUCCUCCUCUCGAGCUCUCCGCAGCGCAGCGUAGCGCCUCCUAGGCUCCUACUCCUCCUCCCCAUCUCCGCGCGAGAAUGUUCUACUCGCACCAGCUCCUCGCGCGGAAGGCCCCGCUCGGCCAGAUAUGGAUGGCGGCGACGCUCCACGCGAAGAUCAACCGCAAGCGGCUCGACAAGCUCGACAUCAUCAAAAUCUGCGAGGAGAUUCUGAACCCGUCGGUGCCCAUGGCUCUCAGGCUCUCCGGGAUCCUCAUGGGUGGUGUGGUGAUCGUGUACGAGAGGAAGGUGAAGCUUCUCUACGAUGAUGUUUCGCGGCUUCUGGUUGAUAUCAAUGAGGCAUGGCGGAUCAGGCCGGUCGUGGACCACACCGUCCUCCCAAAGGGCAAAGCCCAAGCCAAGUACAAAGCAGUAACACUGCCGGAGAACAUGAUGGAUAUGGAGGUGGAACAGCCCAUGCUUUUCUCGGAUACUAAUACUGCCAGGUUCCGGGGAAUGAGCCUGGAUGAUUUGGGUGAACAAUAUUUUAAUGUCAACCUUGAUGAUGAUGACUUCUCCCGUGCUGAGCAUCAUCACCAAGCUGAGGCAGUCAACAUUACCCUGGUCGAUAAUUUUGAGUCUGGGCUUGCCGAAACUGAUGUCUUCAAUCGUUUCGAGAGAUUUGACAUAGCAGAUGAUGACACCACGGUCAACAUUACUCCCGAUGAACACCCACAGGCUCCAAGUACACUUGCUCCCUCUCCACCUAAGGAAGACCCUCCUCAACAACAAGAACAGCAUUAUGCUGCCCCAUCCCCUAACCAAGAAGAACCUCAACAAGGGGAUCCAUCAAAGGAUCAAGAGGAGCAGAAGAUGAAGGAAAGACAGCCAAAUAGACCGUCAAAGAGGAAAGCACGUGGGAAGGGCCCCCAAGUGACUAUGGACAACCAGACAAUGAUCCCAGGGAAUAUAUAUCAGACAUGGUUGAAGGACCCAUUAAGCCUCAUCUCCAAAAGGCGUAGAGUCAGCAGCAAAAUUAAUCCUAUCCAGACAAUAAAGAUAGGUGACCUCAUGGAACUGCCCCCGGUUGCUCUAAUAUCUUACUCGGAGAAGUCACCCUUAGAAUUAUAUUAUCCGAAGCAGCUUAUGCAGCUCUGGAAGGAAUGUACUGAAGUCAAAUCCCCAAAAUCCUCAUCUCCAGGAGGGAAAUCGCCGUCAUCACAAGAACAGCAGUCAAGAAAUUCACCACCUCAGCCUCAAGGAGAAUAUCAGGGUGAAAUGGGAGCUCAACCGAUGGACUUCACAGAUGGCAUUGAAAAGAUCAGAGGAAACAAGAGUGGUGAAUAUGAAAGGGUUGAUGAUGCUCUGCAUGGUGACCAUAGUGUUACACCUGGAAGUCCUGGGCUAAGUCGCAGGUCUGCUUCAAGCUCUGGUGGCUCUGGAAGAGGGGCAUUUGUGCCAUUGGACCCAGAAAUACAAUUUUAUUCCGGAGGUGGAAGGUCCAAGAGGAGGCAGCAUUCAUCUGGAAGAAGCUUGGGGAACCUUGAUCCAGUUGAAGAGGAAUCCCCACUGGAGCAAGAAGUGAAGGGCUUCAAGCUGAGAAGGCUUUCAGAUAUUGGACCAACACCUGAGCUUCUGGAAGAAACUGAACUGACUCAAACUCCAUAUCACAAGCAACCCAGUCCUACCGACCAGGUCACUGAAUCAAUACACUCGUAUCUUAAGCUACACUUUGAUGCCCCAGAUGCCCCCCUAUCCGAAUCGCUUAGUCAGUUAACUUAUGGGAUGACUACAGCAAGAGCUGCCCGGCUAUUUUAUCAAACGUGUGUUUUAGCAACUCUGGACCGCAUCAAGGUUACACAGGUCGAACCGUACGGAGCCAUCCUGAUCUCGAGAGGGCUAAAUAUGUGAUACCCCUAAUGUUAACACCCGGAAGAAUUAGAGCCUUUUGCACAUCUCGUGUUCAUAUAUCUAUAAUGUUUACAGUUGCACAGGAAGUAUUGUAGGUCAUUACUUAUGUCUGUUGAUGAGAAGCAAGUGGUGGUGGUGCUGUGUUAAGCUGGUAGUUUGUGCAAGUUCUGGAAAAUUUUGUAAGCUAUGCUCAGGGGAUUGAUUCUACUGAAGCUUUGUAAUUGGAUCCGUAUCUGCUGAAAUGACUUGACUACUGUCCGCCCCUUUUUACAAAACUCUAUUGUACUGAAGCCAGGAUUUGAUCAAAUUUUGAUGACUACGUACUACUCUUGCAAAGA